AUGCUCCGCUUCCGAAUCCACCUCCUUGCCGCCGUCCGCGCCGCCUCACCUCUCCACGCUGGCUCCUCCCACCACUACCUCCUCUACAGAAGCACCACCACCACGCCCGCCUCUCAGUUCGUCGUCGAGGACUACCUCACCAGCAGCUGUGGCCUGACGCCAGCGAAGGCCCGCAAGGCCUCCAGACUCUUGUCCCGCCUCAAGUCCCCCGCAAAUCCAGACGCUGUCCGGGCCUUCCUUGCCGGUAUCGGCGUCUCCAAAGCCGACCUCACCGCCGGAAUGGCCCGGGACCCGCGGUUCCUCUGCUCCAAUGUGGACAAAACCCUAACCCCCUGCAUUGCCCAGCUCCGCGACAUCGGCCUCUCCCCGCCCCAGAUCUCCAGUCUCAUCUCCGUCGCCCCCCGUGUCUUACUGUGUCCGGGUAUGGUCAACCGCCUCGCAUUCUACCUCUCUUUCUUGGGCUCCUACGACAAGUUACACACCACCCUCAGGAGGACCAUGUACCUGCUCAGUCAAAAUCUCGAGCGUGUUGUCAAACCUAAUAUGGCGUUACUGCGACAGUCCGGCCUAGCUGAGUCUGAAAUUGCUAAGCUCGUUUUGCGCGCCCCACGCUUAUUCGCAUUGGAGACAGGCCGUGUCAAGGAAAUUGUGGUGUGUGCAGACAUGCUUGGUGUGCCACGCAGUUCAGGAAUAUUCAAGUAUGCCCUUGCUUCCAUCUCCAGCAUAAGUCCUGGGAAGUUAAAUGAUAGGUCAGAUUUCUUGAAGAAGACUCUUGGAUGCUCUCAGGCUGAGUUGGGCGCUGCUGUGCGGAAGUUCCCAAACGUUCUGAAUUUUUCAGAGGGCAGGCUGAGUAGUGUGGUAGAUUUCCUGAAGACGGAGGUUGGUCUGGAUUCCAAGUACAUAGUGCGUAGGCCAGCAGUCCUCGGCUAUAGCUUGCCAAGGCGUCUUAUGCCCCGGCAUUAUGUGCUAAAAGCUCUUAAGGCGAAGGGCUUGGUGGAGGAACAUGUUGACUUCUAUGGAACAAUUUCUCGAAAUGAGAAAAUAUUCUCCAAGAGGUUUCUUGAUCCUUACAAGGACAGUUUUCCAGGGCUUGCAGAUGCUUAUGCUGCCGCUUGUGCAGGCCAAGUUCCUCCUGUAAUCCAACCAUGA